AUGAAGAAUCAACAACAUAAUGAAUUCAAUGAAUAAUAUCAUUUAAUUCCUCAAGAAGAAUUAAAUUAAUAAUAACUAAAUUAAGUUAGAUAGAAGGUACAUCCUUGUAUUUUAUGUUUGUUAUUAACUUUCGGAAUGAGUAUUUUGUUUGGAGGUUAUUUAAUAUCUGAAAUAACUCUAAACAACGAAAAUUAAUCUUAGAAUUGUGGGACAAUGAUUAAAAUUAUAAAAUAUUACUCUCAAUUCUUAAUGAUUGAUGGAGUUGCUUAAAUAUAUAGACUUAAAAUAUUAAAGAAUUAUUUUUGUAAUUUUAGGCUUUCUAAUGCCUAUUAAGAAAUAUGA